UACGAUUCAAAUCUAGAUCUGUGGAGAAAGAAACAUAAAUUUAAAAAACAAACGUGGAAGGAAAACAUUGACAUAAACUUAAUUUUAUACUUAAAACUAUGCUUAAAACAUUUAAAAACAUUUCGUUUAAAUUGCGGAAAAAUACAAAUCGUUUUUGGUAAAUUAGAACCCUGUGAUUUUGAUUAUGAAAAAAAGUUUAGUUGUUCUAGGCUUAAGUUAAGUAAUAAAAGCUAAAAUUUUUCGCAUCAACUCUCUCUGGUAAAAAGUUUGUGCACGUUAUUUCUCCCACACACAUUCUCAGAUUAAGUUGAAAUUUAGCACACUUAUUUCUUGGACCUGGCAAAAUAGGAAUCGUUUAAAAAAAACUGUUAGUAAACUAGCUUUUUGGUAAUUAAUUAAUUGUACUUGACAGGUAGAGUAGAACAAACAACCCGGGACCGUGGAGAUAAUCAGUUCAGCACGCUAACUGCACGACCAGGCAUUGCUCUUAACUUAAUAACAAACUGGUUACAAACUAAUAGCCUGACGAUAUUUGAUAAUCUUUCAGCAUUGAUUUGUAGGGAUGUAGAUCUACAUAAACUAAACUUCUGAUUUAGCACUCAAGAUCUAAGAUAUCUAAGAUCUAAAUUUUAAAUAAUUUAAAUGAUUUAGAUAAGAAACAGGAAGUAAGAAUGACAACAUUGACUUUUAGUGCAGUCAGUAGUAUCUUUUGGUCCGGUGCGGACAGUAGUGACUUAGAGAGUCAAGUAGUAACUUUGAAGUUUAUUGUUACCCGCUGUGAUGCGGAUGUGAUUUAAUAAAAUUUAGUAUAUUGGAUGUGUAUAGUAACAUCGUUAUGUGGACGCGACUGUAUUCUAUGUAUUGGAUCAUUUUCGUAACUACCAUAAAGUGUGCAACUUAUUGUUUUAUUAAAUAAAUGUUAUAUCUUGUCUGCCAAAACUGGACUCAUUCAAUCUCUACCAUUUGUGUUGGUUACAUGUUAAGUGUGACUCCAGGAAGCACGAGCCCAGCAUUCCACGACAUUCGCAUUCUUCAACAUUACACUAUUUAACCUUUUGCAGUCUGACCUGUACUAUUUUCUUCUGCUGUUAACGCGAUCUAUUGAUAAGAAAAUUUUACGAAAUAAAACUGUCAAUAAAUGUUGUUUAUCUCCGAGACUUCUUCCAAUGAAGUUAGGACAGCGAGACAAGAUGGCUAGGUCGUUUCAACAUCAAGCUGUAUUCUUUUUACUCCUCAGUGCUGUGCUGGUCAAUUUUGCAGUGUCUCAAGAAUAUUGCCGCAUCAAUAACUGGAAGGACGCUGUACAUCCUCACCCAGUGUAUUGUGAUAGGUUCGUAAAAUGUUACAACUUUCAAACCACGAUCACCUCAUGUCCCGCCGGAACACUUUUUGACGCCGUUUCGAGAACCUGCAUGAACGCAGCUUCAGGCACAAUCCACUGCAAUGACGCUGGUACUACAGCUACACCUGUGACAGUGCCUCCAAUGUCUCAAGACUAUUGCCAAACUAAUAACUGGAGAGACGAUGCCCAUCCUCACCCAAUGUAUUGUGACAGGUUCGUCAAAUGUGACAACUUUCAAACCACAAUCGUCUUAUGUCCCGCCGGAACACUUUUUGACGUCGUUUCGAGAACCUGCAUGAACUCAGCCUCAAGCACAACCCACUGCAACGACGCUGGCACUACAGCUACACCUGUGACAGUGCCUCCAAUUGCCAGUAAUAUUUGUGCCACGUAUCAGCUGCUGAAUGGUAACUACCCUGAUCCGUCCAAUUGCCAAGGCUACGUGGAAUGUUCAAACGGAGUUACAAUCCACGGCAAAUGCCCUAAUGGGAUGGCCUUCAAUGUCGCCAGUAAUGGCUGUACGGAAGUGCACAGCGUCAACUGUAUCGACAAUGCCAAUUUCCAUUUUAUUGUCUAAAUACUGUUUGUACGCUACGUGAAAAGUAAGGCGACAUCUAGAUGCCGUGAGUUGUAUGUAGUUGAAGACUAUCGGUCAAUGAAACUGACUAAACCUAAUGUACUACUACAUUGGUCUGAUUAUAUAGUGUUGACUAAUGAUGCAGAGAAUGUUUCAAUGUAAGAAUUAUUAAUUUUCUCUGAAUAUAUUGUAUUGUUUUUAAUGAUGUGCAUACAAUCUGGUUAUCGGAUUAUAAAAUUAAAAUAAGCAAAGAUGUGUUCAAAUCAUAA